UAUUUCAAACCCCCCCACCCCCCAUUCUCUCUCUCCAAAUCCAAACCAAUUCUUCAAACUUCAAUUCCCAUUUUCUCACAAUCCAAACAAACAAACAAACAUGUUGUCUUCCACCACCGUCGACCACCAACUUCUCCAACAGUGCCAUCAUUUCCGACCACCAUUGAUGACUACCAAUAUGGAAACAAACAACCAGAGCUGGAUUAAACCCGCUAUAGAGCUCGCUCCCAACUGCCCUCGCUGCGCUUCUUCCAACACCAAGUUCUGCUACUACAACAACUACAGCCUCUCCCAACCCAGGUACUUCUGCAAAGGCUGCAGAAGGUACUGGACCAAAGGUGGGUCCUUGAGAAACGUCCCUGUUGGUGGCGGCUGCCGCAAGAAUCGCCGCGGUAACAAGUCAUCUGUCCGCUUGUCUCACCGCCAGCGUCCUGCAUCCGUGUCCAAUUCUAAUUCUCAGGAGUCUGGGGGUGAUCCAUCCGAGAGUUCCAACGCCGACUCUGCAGCUCGACAAGGGUUGGACAUUGACAUGACAGUCGUGUUCGCUAAGUUCUUGAACCAGGAUGCUCCAGCAGCCGAGUCGAGCGGCCCUCGAGAUGAUUCGGUCGAAUCUUCCGAGUCGCGGCCGAGUUGUUUUGACAUGGAAUCCGUUCGCAACGGUUAUCAUCAGAACCAAUCGGUUGUUGUUGAGGAAUUAGUUGCUGAAGAUCGGAGAGUUGACGAAGUAGCUGUGGGAAACGAUGUUAAUGAAUUUGGAUUGGAUGGCUUGCUUGGUGAACAAUUAGAGCAAGAUGUGUUUUGGUCUGAUGAUUCAAUGCAAAACCUUCCAUGGCAAUUGCCGAUGGGAUGUUUGCAAGAACUGGAAGGAUUUCCGUCGGAUGUUUAUAAUGAUCAGUUGCGGUUUUCGACGACCAAUUUGAUGAAUGAUAAUUGGAGCUCAUUAGAUCUCUAUUCGGGUUUUGAGGUUUUCUCGAGAUCUUAAAUUAGAUGUGUAACUUAUAAGCAUUAUUUUGAUAUUAUAUAUUUUGAUUGCUUUUUCUUGCGCUUCUUUUUCCCAGGAAAAUUGUUAUGGUACCGUUACAUUUCCAUGAAAAAAGAAAAAUUCUAUAGUAUAGGCAUAUAUUAUUCAAUAAAUUAUAUUAAAACCGGCCGAUUAUUUGUAUACUUAUAUCUUCAAAUAUUAAGGGUCAGAUUAACUCUCUC